AUGUAUCUAAGUAAAGGAAAAGUAACAUGUUUUUAUUGUGAUUGGAAUGGUCGUAAAGACAAGGCGAAAGAUCAUUGCAAAAAACACCAUCCUGAUAAAACAUUCAAAUUAAAGAUUGUUGAAAACAACAUGGAGAAAUUCUUUCAAAAGCAAAUAAAUCGUGAAACAGCAACAACAACAGAUGUUAUUAAUGAUGAUAUACAAGAACAAGAGGAGCAGUGUUCUACUGUUGUCUCUCCGUCGCUAUCUUCAUUAAGUAACUUUCAUGUAUCACCUCCUUCGUCAACUUCUAUUUGUACAAGUCCAACAACAAAUUCAGUUUCCGAUCAAUUAGCAUUAGUGAUGAAACAAUUAAAAAAAAUGACAAAUGCAAUUGAUCAAAUAAGUUUAGAAAAAACAAAGGUUCAAUUAUCAUCAUCAUCUUGGCAAUCAGAUGAUUUAGAACAAAUGUUUCAAAAUAUCACAUGUUCUAAUGACCUAUAUAUGCUAAAGUAUUUAGAAAUAAAUAGUCAGUUGGAUACCAUCACAUGUAUAGCUUGUUUUAAAUUUAAAAAACAAGCACCAAAACAUCUGUUAAGUACAAUUAAACCCGUAUUUGGUGUAUUUGAGUAUGUUGAACAAAAUCCACAUCAGAUUCAAUCCCAACGAUUCAGAAGUUUGAAGAGAAAUUUAAAAUUACAUUAUGAAAAUAAACUUCAUAUGUGGUGUGUUGAAGAAGACGAAAAAGUCAAACAAGAAUUACAUGAUUUUAUUAGAAAAAAUAAAAAAGCUGGGUUCAAUAUUGGUAGGGCAGCGUUAUUUUGCAUUCAAAAUGGUUUAGGUGAUCUUAAAUUUGUGCACACAUUGAAUUUAUUAGAUCUAUGUGGUGCUUCUAUUGGAACUUAUAGACAUAGUCGAUGGUUUUUUCAAGAACUUCGAAAUUCUAUGGCUACAUCUAUGAAACAAAGAGUUAUGGAAUAUUUAAAAUCAGUCGAUCCAAUUACACGACAACAACGACCAAUUGGUAUUAUAUUUGAUAAAGUAACAUUGUUAAAAAGGACUUUGCAAGUAACAAUGCUUGUCGUAAUGAUUGAUGGACAAUUAACACCUAUGUAUUUAAAAUCAUCUUUAUGUAAAACCGAAUUAUCAGGUGAAGAAUUAGCUGCUAAUUGUGUUAAUGUAUUAAAAUCUUUUGGUUUAACUAAAUCUAUGUUACAGGAAAAAUUAACUGGUGGUGUUGUCGAUGGUGCCUACAUUCAUAUGAACAUAAAUGAGCAUUUAUGUAAUAAUAUAGGGGAUUCAACAGAAUUGGUUAACAAUUUCAUGGGAUGUUGCUCAUUUAUUGGAAUUGGCAAUUGGUGA